GUAACUUGAAUGAAGCGGAAUUAUUUUUGUCCUUUAUCAAAGAAUUUGUAAGGGAGUUUGUUUGUCCCUUACAAAUUCUUUGCCUUUAUGAAGUAAAAGUAAUCAAAGGAAUGACUUCUUAUCGUGAUGUAUCAACGAGUGAAAGAUACAACGAAGCGAAAGCAAGGUUUAAAACUAGACCGGAGGAAACAAAUGCAUGUUAUAAGGAACAUGUUUUAUCUCUGGCCUGCUUAGAUGAAUUUUAUUAUACAAAAGAGAAGUGUGAUCGUUAUUUUCAAAAUUAUAGAAACUGUAAAGCUUUCUGGAAUUUUGUGAGUUCAGAAAGGAGAAGAAAAGGUAUUACUCCCUAUCUUCCUCCAGUAGAAGAAAGAAUAAAAGUAAAAGAGGAAUAUUUGCCAUAUUUUAAACCUCCAUUUUGAUUAAUAUGAAUUGUGUUGUUUUCUAGUGUACAUUAUUUUAAAUUAUAAUAAAGUUUUCUAAAAAUUAAAA